GCCACAUCACCACAUCAAACAAUCACCCAUCAACAAUCACCCGUCAACAAUCACCCGUCAACAUUUUAAGGAUGAGCAAGAACUUUAUGAUUACCUACCAACCCGACCCGAACCCGUUAUCCAAUUGACAUUCAUUCGCUUUAAGAAUGUCUCACUUCACUUCGCACGGCUACGACGCGAAGAACGGCGUGUCAUUUCGAUCAUGGGAAGUAAAGCUAAAAAAGGCGGGCAACAUAGAAUGGCAUCGCCACCGUACGAGGAACAUAGAACCAUGCGCGAUGGAACGACUACCACCUCGGAAAAGGUCACCUCCUCGAGGAAAGUCAACCCCUCGAAGAAAAGGCAUCCCCAGUCUCGUGGAUAUGGCGACCAAAGUCGUGGCCGAGAACAUAGAUUAUUCCGAGGUGGAUGAUCUUGAGCACGUGCCUACGCACCUCGUAUAUUAUAUUAUGAGAUAUAUGCUUGACACAUAUGACACCCUAUCCCUCCAAGCCUUCAAGAUCUUCGCCACGCACUUGGGCAAAGAGCACCGCGCGUAUCCCCGCCUCCGCCCGAUGCCCGCGCAAACCUACCAGUGGCACCACACCGAGCCGCACCCAACAUCGCCCCUGGCCUCCUACAUCCAGCCCCUCAUCUCAGAGUCCCUGGACUUCCUGGUCCAGCUCACCAUCGGCGUGCACCCCGUCCCGGCCUUCGGCACGCAUGAUUUCCUGCACUUGACCCAGAUGCGGAAUCUGGCCGUGCUGCAGAUCAUGCAGCCGGACACAGAGGAAGGGGGUUUCCCGAGGAUCACGGAUGCCGUCGUGAGGCACUGGUCCGAGCAGCCCGACCCGUUCCCCGUGCUCCGCGUGCUCAGGAUCUGGGGCGCCGACUUCACGACCCCGCGCUCGCUGCAGUAUCUGUCCAAGUUCCCUUCCUUAGCCAUCUACGACGUCGCGGGCCGACGGGAGGAGUGGCGGCACGCAGACGCAGCCCCGCAAUGGAACCGCGGGACGUCUCAGCAGCUGCUCGUCGACUCGGCGCUUAAUUGCUGCGGACUGCUGGGCAACAACAGCGACGAGUACCAUCUACGCAUCCUGCGCCUCUUGCUCAACGAAUUCGUCACCGCAGACCGGUCAACGGCCGGCGACGUCGCUGUUGUGGCGCGAGAGGACGUUCCACCCCCAAUUGAACAUAAGGACUUGGACGGCGACCACCCUAACCCGGACCACGUCGCCUCCUGGGGCUACGCAACAUACAUCCACGUCGGCCGCCUCGUCCGCGACCAAGACCUGUCCGCGCAAGGCGUCAGCGGUGCCGAAGCCCAGGUUUUCGUCCUCGAGAAAUCGGACCUGCUCCCGCCUCGCCCCUUCGUCUCGCUGGGGCUCGGCCAGUGCUGUGGCGUUGAUAGCAGCUGUGGGAUCAUGGUACCGGACUGUCCCCGAAGCCUCCGCCGCCGCCACCGGUGCUGCUGCACGGUCUACGGCUCCCGUCCCUUUGGCGCAAGAGCCGUCUUCGUGAGGAGGGAGUACUGUGGGAAGAAAGGGAAGAAGCAAGAUGAUGAGCCAACAAAGCCAGAGCAAAAGCCAAAGUCACAGCCUACGGAGGCUCAGGCUCGGGGACCCGCAGGGGAUAACCUAUCAUCAUCAUCAUCAUCAUCAUCAUCGAAGCAGCAGCAGCGCGAGGGAAAGGGAAAAGGAAAGCAACCGAUCGAUGUCGAUGCCGAGGAGGCGCAGCAGGGGUCGUCGUCGAAUAAUCGAUCAUCGGGCCCAGGGUCGGGAUCUGUGGGGAAUCCGCCGAGGAAGAAGAGGAUGAAGUAUUCUUUGGGGGAGUUUUUUUGAGGACUUCUUAGAUCAUGGUACACAGCCCUGACUUGGUUAGUUAGACCUCAGGUCUUGCUUACACCUACCCCUGAACGCUAUAGAGCAUUAAUGGAUAUCUCAUCAUGCCGCUCACCAUCGUUCUUCUGUGUUGCAGAUUUGCAUCUUGAUGAAGAUCUUAACCUGGUUACCUGUCAUCGUGAUGUUUACUACUAGGUAGGUAGGUAGGUAGGUACUGUAGUAUAGAGCAUCAUAUAUUCUUUGCUGCGUUAUAUAUAUACCCCUAUGUACACCCCCGGC